UGUGUUUACAAAACAUUAUUUGCAAGCUCCCAUCGGCUAACCUUUUUCUUUCAUAUCAGUUUAACAAACGUGAAAUGAUAGUCAUAGUCAUUUACUAUCUUGGUAAUCUCUUGGCAGUGUGCAAUGCAGGACUGAUGGAAUCAACGAAUUUGGAAGGUAGGCUGGUUAAAGAAGAAUUGAAUUUACUGAGGGAAAACGUUAGAGAGAUUGAACUCGAUUUGCACCAUGUGAAGAAGCAGUUGAAUCUAACCCAAGAAGUUGAAACAACGAUUCAAGAAAAGAACAAAGAGAGAUUGGAAAGUAUGAAUGCGAACAUGACGAGAACGACGCAGCUAAGAGAAGGAGCGUGGAAAGUAGCAAAAACUGCUUGUCAUUGUGUCUGUUACAUAUCUAAGGCUGUGGUAGGCGGGGUGAAAGCGUGUUAUGGAAAAAUGCGAUCAAUGUGCUGUAAAAAGACAACUAUAAAACCAGAGGACAGCUGAAAUCGUGAAAUUUCACUGCUAGUGACAAUUUAUUGUUUGUCUUCGUUAUUCAUUUAGUUUGAUAUUUUUAACACUUUCUCUAUAAAACUGAUUUGAUUAACAGUGAAGGAAUUUACUUGAUGUUUCAAACAAUAAAUUAAAUAAUACGACAUUUCAAACUGAAGGGAAAUCGAUU